AUGGCGGGCCAAAAAGAAGAAGAUGAAAAGACAUCGACACUGCGCAUUGAAACAGUCAACAAUACCAACAGCCCAGGCCGUACCAAUAAUGAUACCCCAUCGGAACGCGAAGACGCAAACGAAGAGAUCGUCAGGCAUUUGCAGACGACAGGCGAAGAUGUCGGCCUCACAUUCCGCACGCUCAUGGCUGCGGUAUCAAUGGCAAUGUGCUACAACGCAUACCUAUUUACACUUCUGAUUCCGCCCGCCAUCCUGACGUAUAUCAACGCGGAGCUGGGUCCCGACCCGCGGUACACGUGGAUAACGAUAUCCUGGAAUCUCGGAGGCGCCAUGUUUGUCACGGUCGGGGGCCGGCUGUCCGAUAUUUUCGGGCGCCGCUAUUUCUUCAUUGCCGGCGCUGUUAUCCUCAUCAUCGGCAGUGUUGUCAGCGCCACGGGCCAGAGCAUCAAUCAGAUGAUCGCUGGUGGCGCGCUGUUUGGAUGUGGCUCUGGCUUCCUGGAAAUGGCGUUUGGAGCCGUGCAGGAGAUUGUGCCGAGCAAGUAUCGCCAUGUUACCAUUGGCCUGUUUGAUGCUGCGUCUAUUGUUGCGCAGGUCAUGCCGGUGGUGAGUUGGGUUAUUAUCAAAGAGACGGGCAAUUGGCGCAUUUGCUAUUACGUUAUGAUUGCUUUCCAGGCGAUCAACCUGGCACUGCUUGUUUUCUUUUACAAUCCACCCUCCUGGGAGCAGAAGAAAAGCGAACAUGGCAAGUCGGCAGGACAGCUUCUCAGGGAGUUCGACUGGCUAGGACUGUUCUUGUUCUUGGCUGGAUGCACGCUGUUUAUUGUGGGUGUGAGUUGGGGCGGCUCCAUGGCUCCGUGGAUCUCCGCGACGGUGCUCGCUCCUAUCAUCAUUGGCCUGCUCAUCCUCAUCGGACUAGGAUUAUACGAGGCCUACUAUACUCUUGCAGCACCACUUUUCCCACCGCGGCUCUUUAGAGCCUUGAGGCACUUUACCGUGCCCAUGUUGGUCAUGGCGAUUGGAGGAAUGCAGUACUAUUCCCAGGCGACACUGUGGCCCCGCCUCUCGCAACUGAUCUACGCCAGCGAUGAAAUCUCAAAGGGCCUAUACGCCGAAGUGCUUCCUCUGGGCACCAUUAUCGGCGGCAUCAUUGUAGCUUUCAGCAAGUACAUUGGUCACCAACGCUGGGUCAUCAUGUUCGCCGUCGCUUUGCAAAUCGCGUGUGUUGGUGCCAUGUCCACUUCCACAAUGGACAACCCAGUCAAGUCGAUUGUCCUUACAGUCAUCAUCUCGACAUGCACGUCAGUCAAUCUCCUGAACGGCAUGGUUCUGGUCGGGUUUGGUAUCGUGUAUCAAGAGGAUAUAGGCACUGCAGCUGGUCUGGCGGGUACUUCACGUCUCCUUGCUGGAGCAGUUGCCACCGCCAUUUUCAGCAACAUUACCAGCAACAAAUAUGGAGAUGAAUUGCCUGCUCGCGUUCGGUCGAAUCUCGCUCCUUUCAACCUCCCUUCAGAGACUAUUACCCGGCUCAUUGCCGCUGCGAGAGCAAACAGUGCUGCAGUCUACGCAGCAGUUCCUGGUAUCACACCUGCCAUCCAAGCCGCAGCUCGCCUAGGCAACCAGCAAGCGUACCUUGAAGGCGCCCAUUUGUCUUACCUGGUGGAGCUCGCAUUCGGGUUACUAGGCGUCAUAGCAGCCUUUUUCAUCCCAAGUGUCGACAAGAGGAAGUAUACCAACAAGACUGUUGCUAUUCAGCAAUCGGAUUGGAAAGCGUUGCAUGAAAAGAAAGCAGCAGAAGCCGGUAGGCCUUGA